AUGCGUCUUUCUGGCUCCACCUUGAAGAAGAAGAGCGCCGAUAAGAUCGAUCGCAAGAUGAACAGGAAGAAGCGGGCAAAGUCUUCAAACUUCAAGAAGAAGUUCAUCAUGUUCCUACAAAUGCUUGCUUGUUUCUGUCAAUGGAGAAACACUAGAGCUAACACGUCGAGUCGCGAGGCGGACGAUCUUAUGGAAAAAGAACAUUUUACAACUCGAAUUGGUCAAAACCUGGAUCGCAAAGGCAACCGCCCCAAGCUCCCCAAAAAGCCGAGCCAACGGUCGAAGUCUUUACGGACGCGAGUUGUGAGAACGACUCCU